AUUAAUUGGUUGCUUCGCUCGUGUCGUAUGGCCGGAGCACAUAAUAAGAAAAAUACGUCUAGGCACAAUUUAGCAAGCAUAUAUAUAUAUGGAAACUCUAUUACUGACCAUGGAUGAAGAAUGCUUUAUUCCUCAUCCCAGUCUUUCGACCGAGCAAUUCAGCUCAUUUUAUUCGCAAUUGGCACGUCCGGCAGUGACAAAUCCAUUCCGACUUGCUUCACUGUAACUUUUGACCGUCCGGCAGGUAAUUUUACAUUUUCCCCUUACUUUCUUUUACAAUGCCAUUUUUCUAGGAAGCAGACGCGACCUCUCCAGAAAAAACGACACGGUUUUUUUUGAAAUAAAACAAAACUUUAUUCAUUAGAAAUAACCAAUACAUCGUUUGUGAGGAAGAGUAUAAUUUCAUUAAUAGGCUCCUCGAACCAAUCUGAAGUUGAAUAAAAUCUAGCUAACUUAGCAAGUUCAUGUGCUAGGACUAACCUGCUGGGAAAAAAAACAUGCCCAUCUCCUUGUUCAGGCGAUGCAAGCCGUUCGAGAUUCGAUGGUGAAUACUUCCUGGUGAGCGGCGGCUACUGGGCUCGAGGGUGCGGCGGUCGACGGGCAGGCGGGCGCGGGCUGCGUGGUGAGCGGCGCCUGGCAUCGAUGUUGGCGGCGCUGCCGAUUCAGGGGGGCGGGCGGGCAGCCGCGCUGUGGUGAGGAGAGCACUGGUGGAGGUGAGCAGCCCCGAUCCUAAUCCUUUCAGCUUCAGUCACUUUUCUCUUGGUUUUGCUUCGCCGUGUUCUUCCCGGAUUAUUAAAUUAGUGUUCCGUUUUUACGGAGGCUGUAGGCCAGACAGAUCACGACUGUACGUGCUGCCCGAAGAGGUAAUCCGAUUCUUGUUUGUCUUCUAAGGAAAAAAAUGCAUAUUCUUGUUUGUUUUCUAUCUCCAAAUACGAAUGUAUUUUUAGACAGGGAAUAUUCUAUCUGCUGUCUGUUCUAGUCCAUCAGUCCAUGUUGAGAUGGAGCAGCGCUUGUGUAGAAUUUUUGUGCUCUGUGAUUGGAAGCAUCAAAUGCUCCGUAAUGGCUAAGAUUUUGUCAGGUAGAAGUAAGGUGAUGUAGGGAGAAUAUUUGGUUUGUUGUUUAAAGUGCUUAAGCUCUGGAUCCAUGAUGAAGAUUUGCAGUUUUGUUUUAGUCAGCUGGGCCUAGGGGAAACCAUUCAACUUUUUACAUGUUUCGAAUUUAAUUAACAAGAUUUGUUUGAAUGGGUUUGGAGUUUAGGCUCGUUGUUUCAAGAAAUGCACCUAUGAGGAAUUGAUUUUAGUUAGCUUUUCUGUGGAUAUAAGUAUGUGUUUUCUUAGGACCACUCUAAUUUUUGCACUACGAUGUGGGUUCGCAGCAGGGCAGAGCAGUCAUAUAGUCAUCGGUGUCAUAGGUGUUCAUCGGCGUCAGGUUACGGUGACCAUUGGCAUGCUUCUUGAUGCACUACGAUGUGGGUUCGCAGCAGGGCAGAGCAGUCAUAUAGUCAUCGGUGUCAUAGGUGUUCAUCGGCGUCAGGUUACGGUGACCAUUGGCAUGCUUCUUGAUGCGGUCUGCAUCUCCUCCCACCACGACGGUCGGCAACCAUGUCUUCACCGCCGGAGCCCCUCUCCACCUAUUUAGAUGAGUGUGUGUCAAUUUAUUCUCCCAGGGAAGUACUUGCUCCAAUUUGGUUACAUUUAGUACGGAAUUUAGUUGUCUGGAUUUAGAUAUAUUACGUCCCCAUAUAUGCGGAGGCGAAUCAUUGUGUUUUCGAUUUUGAUCUCAGCCCCAAAUUUAUUUGUUUUGGCCAUAUCUAUGGUACGAGCUUAGUACUUGUUUCGAGCCGAGACGUACGGUGCUGCCCACCUAUCCCUUUCCAUACACUACCAUCAGUGACACCGUCGACUACGACGGUGGAUGCUUUGUUUUCUUGUAAGGAUACCUGCAUCCUCCUCCUCCUCCUCUUCCUUGUACGGAAAUCUAGGUUUACGAGAUUUCAUUUUCAUGUCUCCCUGACUCUCGUCCUCUCAGUUCUUCUGUUGUGUUGUGUUAUGUUAGGUGAUUGUAAAAUUGAGGAAAGGACCUUCACUAUGUACUAGUCCAUUGUAAUGUGCAUUCACUAAAGCUUACUAGCGCAACCUAUUAACAUAUGUACACUUUAGAGCAACUCUAGCAGACCCCGUAAAAUCCCGACCCGCAAAACGUGUUUGCAGUUUGACGAAGAUCUCGUUUGCGGGUCGAAAACGAGCGCGGCCGAUCAGAAACCGUAAAUGAAACUGCAUAAUUUGAAAAACAGUUUUGCACCAUAGUAGUUCAUCACAUACUACAUAUAUUACAUGAUCAAACACUACAAACACUAGUUCAUACUACAUACUACAUACUACAUCAGUACUAGUACUACAGGGGGUGGGGAUCUCACGGCGGCGAGCUCGCGGCCAUGGACGACGCCGUGGAGGAGCUCAAUCCUCCUCGCCGAAGCUGUCGAGGUCGAUGUACUUCUCCCUCUGCUCCUCGCGGAUGCGCCGCCACUCGUCGUCCUUCUCCUUGACAGCGAGGUUGGUCGCGCCCGCCUGCUGGAACACGAGGUCUUCGAGCUCCUCGUGGUGGCGCCGGCGCUCCGCCUCCUCGUGCAAGCUCCGCUCGGCAAUGGCGGCCGCGACCGCGUCGACAUCGGCGACGAAGUCCUCCGGCCCGAUGACUCCGCGGCUCCCGAGCUCCUCGGGCUCCUGCUUGACGGGGACGACCUCGAUCUCCUCCGGCUCCUCCGACCACUCCCUCUUCACGGGGAGAAGGCUGGCCCCGGAAGAGGAGGAGCUUGUAGUGUGGGAAGAUCUUGCCGCGGAGGACGAGCCCAUGGCCGAGGACGGCGUACGGCCGUGCCGACGGUCGUAUUCGUCCGUCUCGCGGAUGCGGAAGCUCGGCGGCGGCGAGAGGUCGCGGUUGGUCCACUUCCUCUCCCCGCGCUUCCUCGCGCCCUCCGACCGGACACGCCGCUCGCACUCAGGGUCGCUGUCGCUGCCAGCUCUGCUCCCGGAGCCGCGUCCGGAGCUCCACAUGUGGCCCCACAUGGCGGCUGGAGGCGGAAGGGGCUCGCCAGCAGCGAGAAAUGUGAGGAGGGGAGUGGGGAAUUGCGGAGCUCGGCGGCAGCGGGGGGAUAGGGUUUCGACCCGCAAACGCACCGCGAACCCGUAGAUAUACUGGUCGGGGCGGGCGGUUUGCGGGCCGCGGUAAAAAAAUUUACGGGCCGGGCGAGUAUACGGGCUCUGUUCUAGCCAGAAAAUUGGACCGAGCCCAUAUACUCGCCGAAAUUUUGCGGGUUUGCGGCUUUUGCGGGAUCUGCUAGAGUUGCUCUUAGCUGUUCAAGCAAAAGUUGUCUACACAAGUGUGGAAAGGACCUUCACUAUAUUGUCUGGUUUUCUUCAUGACUGUUACUGGUACAUAAAUGAAUAAACAUCUAUUUAUCAAUAAAAACAUAAUAAUAGUCAGUUGCAAUGUCAACCAGAAAAUGUAUCAUAAUCUUACAGGCUUUGUAUUCAAAAAUAAUCGCAUUCUUGCUUAAAAAUCAGUAAAUAUGAAAAAGAAACAAGGUUAAAGGCGGAAGCUCCCUCCUUCAACUUUAUGUUAUUACGUAGAAGUGAGUCAUAUGUGUGUGCCUAUGCCAAUCAUUGUACCACGGGAGAGUUCUCAAAAUCAGUAAAUAUGCCCAUCUGCUUGCCUACAAGAAUAUUUAUUCACAUCAUUUCUGUUUUGUGGUUUUCUGAAUUUGCUUCCUUGGAACACGGCGCUAUUAUUAUGUUUUAUGUUGCAGUGUUAUUCAUUAUCUUUAUUUUGUUGUGGAUGACAGUACACCCUGUUUCUUGGAAGCUGAAUCUCAUCUUAUCUGUCAAUCUGAAUUUUAUUAUGGAACAUUUGUAUUGUCCCUGAACGUCCCAACUAGAACGAGGGAAAAAGUAAAACUUUUUCAUCUACUUUCGUGUAUAACUUUGUUAUUUUUAUUUCAUCUUAAUUUGUACUAUCUAAAUAUUACUCCCUUCGUCUCAAAAGUUGAGACACUUAUUUUGAGACGGAGGGAGUAUAUAGCUGAUUCUCUCAGUAUAUUCACCACAUGAUGUUUUGUUGAACAGAAGGGUUCAGAAUGGAAACUAAGUUUCUUCAAGUACGAGCAUGGGUUUCAUGUAAGCAACCGGUUUCGGCGUUCCUCUUUAUAAAUCAUGAAAAGGUAAUUUUAGCAUUUUUGCCAUGUAGCACCGUCUACAAUAAAAAUCUACCAGCAGCGACCAAGGCGAGGUGUAGAACGGGACUAAGAGUACUUGGUCGAGCAUCUUCUGCCAUCGUCGAAAAUAAAGAACUCGGAGGUUUAUAGAAUCCAUUUUAUAAAUCGUCACGCUUGCAUCUUGAUUAUGUAUGGGAUUAUUCUGAGAUAUUGCCUCCAUUAAUUAUGUUAUAGAGAAGGAAUUUAUCUUGUGUUAAAUGGAAGAGGUUGAAGACUAUGGUUGUCUACAAGCAUACUUUGUCCUUUAUCCUGGUAUUGCCUCAUUGACUAUCCCCCCGAGAUGCGUUUGGAUAUGAAGAAACGAAGCAACAUUUGGCCGCACUUCAUCCAAAACCAACUAUUUACUUUGUCCUUUAUCCUAUAAUAAUGUAGAAUCUUGAGAUCAGAGUUAGUCAGCCACCAUGGAGGUUGACGAGAUGACCUUCAGGAUCGUUUAACGGAAAUAAUGUAACAAAAGAAUUUGGAAUAUGCCGUGUAAUUUAAUACAUUUGACCAUCGUUACA